CAACGGUUUAAGAUCGCUCAAUAAAAUAUAUGCAUAAAAAGGCCAGUUCACACGAGCAAUUUUUGCUCCGAUUAUAAGUUCAGGGUUUUCUUCCUUUAAAGAUAUGAUCGAUUGAAUAUGUUACAGAUGUUCGAAUAAGGCACUUGUAUGUAGUUAUACCAUUCAUAACUAUUUACUCCAUUUUAUCCGGGAAACGAAGAAUAUCGCACCAAAAAUCGCUGAGUGUUCGCGGCAACAGAAAACGGCUCAGUCUGUAUUUCUUGCUAAAUUCUUCUUUAAAUUAAGUGAACUUCGUUUACAAAAAGAUUAUAAUACGUACAGUUUUAAUAUAGCGAGAACUGAUUUGUCGUAUGCUAAUUUGCAGCGGCACUGACAUAUAAAGUAAAAAUUUCCACUGGGUCAUAAGAUAAAACACGCCCAAGAAUAUGCCUGCGUAAAGAAAUUUUUUCGUUCUCGUUGAACAUAUAUUUCGUGUACUACAUACAUAUCGUGUGCGCGCGCUUUUAUCGCAGCUCAGUGAUUGGACGCGACAUUGUAAACUGGCGUAUGCGGGCAAUUAGUGUGACGUCACAGAUACACGACGUGCUGUGACGUUUUUUUGAAAUACGUUGUGGUAUGGGGAAGAAAGGCGAUAAAAAGAACAAGAGAAAUAUCGGAUCGGAAAACAGGUAUGUUUCGUCACUAUUGUAUGCAUUUCUAUAUUGAUAUACUAUACAUUCUUCGAGUCGAUUGUUUGAAGGUGAAUUUAAAAAUAUUUCACCAUUUUGUACGUAUUGUGAUUUGUGUAUCUGGAAUUAUAAUCAUUGCCGUGAAAUUGUCUCAUUCAAAUAAAUUUAUCUUCUUUUUCAGUGAAGAAAAUUCACAUGCCAAUUUUUUCACAUAUUGGGUGCAGACCUUGUUUAAUAGGACGUCGUAUUCUCGCGUUUUCAUAUACAUUCUUGUUGGACUCGCCGCUGCUCCCCUUGGCAUGAUUAUAUCGCUGGGUUUCGCUUGUGGACUCCUCGUAGCACUGGUGUUUUUCCCCGUUUUGAUUGGUCCUUUAUGUUUCAGUCUCUAUGUGACGUGCCUGGUAUACGUUCUCUGCAAAAUUGUGUGUAUUUUGCAUCAACUUGUGAAGACCUCAGAAUCUUCAUUGAAAACCGCAUUCAAAAAAUGUAUGAAAUGGCUGUAUACAAAGACUGAAAGAGUCCCGUUUUCACCCACAGUGGGGUUAUCACUAACCGAACUUUCAAGUGCAAGUGACAGUGGUCAAAGUAAAAACGCUGAAGACGUGGAGCACGUAAUAUCGGAAAAAUCCUUUUCAAGCGACGAAAAUGAAGAGACGACUCAAGGUGACUUUCGUCAAUUGAAUGUGCGCUCGCUUUUACGUGUUGCAAGACCACGAUUUUAUGCUAUAGAUGAUCUGGAAAACCAAGAAUCUGAAACAAUUGAUCAGGAUUUUCCUCAAGAAAACAAAGUCAAAAAAGAAGUCAACGACAGCGCGAAACAGCCACCUGUUCAACCUAAGAACAGCCUUCUCUUCAGAAACGUGGCCGUGGUUAAAACGUACCCAACAAAUAACACAGCCAUGAAAGAAAAACUGGAAGAAAUGCGUCGACUUUUGACCACCAUAAGGCGUCGAGUUAGCAUUCAAUAUCCGAGUAGUCCUUCCACUGGCCCAUCGUGACGAUUGUCGUUGACUGCUGAUAAUAUUGUUUGCAAAGUACUGUCAGUGUUACGUUUUAUAGUUGAUUACUCCUAUAAUUUCUGUGCUGUAUAUAUAUAUAUUUUUGAAUAAGUAGUUGUAAGGGUAACAAAAUUUCGAGAUUUUAUGUUAAAUAAUCCCACGUGUAUACUUUUCUUUGUGACUUUAAUGUGUGCUACUUUUCAAUGUUUGUUUGCUAUUUGAUAUAAAAAGACAUUCUCUUUUAUAAACUAUUUUCUUGGAGCCUGGGGAAAUCUUUGUUCUAUCUUUUUGUUUACUUUUAUGCAAACUUGUCCACGUGAUCUUUUUGCACCAUGGGGCGUGACCGGUGAUCCCAUCUUGGCAAAUAUUGCACUCAGCAAUACAGAUUACUGUUGAAACAUUAACGAGCAAAAUCUGCGCAAAAUACAGCCUUUUCUUUACAAAGAAGUUUGCCUUCUCGAAUUUCCAUGACGAUCAGACGAUGCACUUUAGAAUUCGAUCGUAGCGGAUUCUCUUGACGGUCAAAAAGAAAAUCAUUUUCCGAUCGAAAAUAUUCAGCUUGGUGGAAAACCGCGUUUCCAAAGAGAUAGUUAGGUGCUUUGUUUGCAGCAGCAAGGACGUAUCUAAACAUCUUAACAUGUCGCAUAACAUAUUAUUCAGUGAAUUGAGAAGAUUCAAUACAUUAAUAUUUGAUAUUUAAUCAUUUGUCAAUUGUUUUUUUUAAUACU